ACGGCACCCGCAAGCUGCUUGGCGGCAAGGAGGGCGGCGACGGCCCAAAGGGCGGCGACAAGGGCGGCGACCACAAGGAGGGCGCCCGCAAGGAGGGCGAGCACAAGAAGGGUGGCCACGCUGAGUCCAAGAACGGCGGCCACGACGAGUCCAAGGGUGAUGGCCACGACAAUCACGAGGAUGAAGGUCGCAAUGGCCACGACGACGGCCGCGGCAAGGAGGGGGACCACAAGGAGGGCGGCUGGAAGAAGGAGGGUCACAAGGAGGGCGGGCAUAAGAAGGGUGGUAAGGACGAGGGCGGCCACAAGGAGGGCGGUGACAAGGAGGGCGGUGACAAGGAGGGCGGCCACUAAG